AUGGACGGCUUGCUGUUUGCCACCCUUCUGCUGCCUCUGGCUAAUGGCUUCCACCCGGAGUGCAUGAUUAAACGGGAAAUGGAACGUUGCCUGAACAAAUUGAGUGAAGACGAUGAAACUGCGUUUGGUAAGGAUUCAAUUGCAAAGUAUUAUAGCAAGCCUGAAGAUUGUCCUGGGAUGUGGGACAAUAUAACAUGUUGGCCAAACGCAGAUUAUGGGGACGUGAUCUCCGUCAGCUGUCCGGGAUUUUUCCGAAUCAUUAACUCCGAUGACGUCCUAGGGAUCAUUUACCGAAACUGCACCAGUGAAGGCUGGUCAGAAACAUUUCCCCACUACUAUGAUGCCUGUGGAGUUGAUGAAAACAUCACAGAAAUCGAUGACCAGGAUCUGUACUAUGUGUCCGUGAAGGCUCUCUACACCGUGGGUUACAGCACCUCCCUGGUUUCUCUUGCAAUUGCAAUGAUUAUACUCUGUCGCUUUCGGAAACUGCACUGCACCCGCAACUACAUCCACAUGAACCUGUUUGUCUCCUUCAUCCUCCGGGCCAUAUCCGUCUUCAUCAAAGAUGCCAUCCUGUACUCCGAGGAUGAGGUCACCCACUGCUCCAUCACCACGGUCCAAUGCAAAGCCAUGAUGGUCUUCUUCCAUUACUGUGUGAUGUCCAACUACUUCUGGCUGUUCAUCGAGGGGCUCUACCUCUUCACCCUCCUGGUGGAGACCUUCUUCCCCGAGCGGAGAUACUUCUACUGGUACAUCCUGAUUGGUUGGGGCACGCCCACCAUCUGUGUGACAAUCUGGACGGUUCUGAGGCUUCACUUUGAUGAUUCCGGCUGCUGGGAAACAAAUGAACACCGAGCCCUGUGGUGGGUGAUUAAAGGCCCAGUCAUUGCCUCCAUCAUGGUAAAUUUUGUGCUGUUCAUUGGAAUCAUAUUUAUUCUCGUGCAGAAGCUGCAGUCCCCUGACAUUGGAGGGAACGAGUCCAGCAUUUAUUUCUGUGUGCAGAAAUGCUACUGUAAGCCCCAGAGAGUUAACCAGCAUGUGUGCAAGAUGUCAGAACUAUCUACCAUUACCCUGAGACUGGCCCGAUCAACACUUCUCUUAAUUCCGCUGUUUGGGAUCCACUACACGGUGUUUGCUUUUUACCCAGAGGAUGUGAACACCAGGGAACGGCUGGUGUUCGAGCUGGGAUUAGGAUCCUUCCAGGGGUUUGUUGUAGCCGUUCUGUAUUGUUUCUUGAAUGGGGAGGUGCAGUCGGAGAUCAAGAGGAAAUGGAGGAGCUGGAAGGUGAACAGGUACUUUGCUGUUGACCUCAAGCAUCGUCACCCAUCCCUGGCCAGCAGUGGGGCCAAUGGUGGGACCCAACUGUCCGUGCUUAGCAAGAGCAGCUCGCAAAUCCGGAUGUCCAGUGUCAACGCUGAGAAUUUAGCCACAUGA